AUGCCAGCGUUUGUAGCCACUGUAGUGGUCGUUUUCGUGCUGAAAUUAGUGCAAUGGCUAAGUGGGUACCGUGAUAAUGUGGUAGAUGCCCUUUGGGGCGGUUUCGCUGCUUCAAAAUUGAAGGAAUUGGGGCAUGAAAGACAGAAACUAUAUCUUGAACAACAGUCUGUGAGUGCCAAAGAUGAGUACGCGAGGUGGACGAAGCUGAAUCGGCGCGUAGGCCAGCUAGAUGCGCGAUUGAGUGAGAUGCAGACCCAAUUGGCUGCACAACGUAAACGUGCGCAUGCCCAGUUGUCCAAAUUACAUACGGUAUUUUUGACCGUACCUGUACUCGUGGCCAAGUUUUGGAAAGGGAAAGUCCCAGUGGUUUCUAUUCCGGCAGGAAUGUUCCCGCGUGUUUUGGAACCGGUUUUGGGACAAGGCUGGGCCGCUGCAGCGUUGAUGCCUGCGAAAUAUGUCGUAACAACCGUUCUGGGAACUGGGCCCACAGUAGCUGGGCCAGUCGUUGCCCCAGGCGCAGCAGCUGAUACGGUGAACGCAGCGACUAGCGCAACGGCACCCAUUUGCUUGGCCAUCUGGAUGUGGGCUCUGACACGCGUGGUGGAUACGGCAGAAGAUGUAGUGCGGGACCUAUGCAAUAUUUGA